GGUACUGAAUUUCUGACAUACAUAGAUCCUGGCACUCAGACGAAGAUGCCAUGGCAAGUUGGAAAUGGGUCAGCCUUGCGCUCAUGCUGGCGCAGAAUGCAAUUACACCGAUCGUUUUUCGCUACGCCACUACGGCUGCAAAGGCAGAGGAUCGGUUUAGCACCACGGUUUCUAUCGGCUGCCAGGAGGCCCUGAAGCUGUUCAUGUCAUUUGGACUUGCAAUGUUGGAGUUUGGCAGCUGUACCGCUGCAGUGGCAGCUGUUUGUGCGGUGAAGCCUGGCGACUCCUUGAGACUCGCAGUUCCUGCGCUUCUUUUCGUUCUUCAAAAUGCUGCUAUGCAGCUUGCUACCGUGCAUUUGCCAGCUGCGCUUUUCCAAGUACUGUGGCAGGGCAAGACGCUAGUGAUGGCUGCCCUCUCAGUGCUCCUUUUGGACAAGCGACUAAUGAGAUCUUCAUGGCUUGCGAUAUCCUUCAUGGCAGUUGGAAUUGCUGUGGUCCAGCUGUCACAAAGCAAGGAAGGCAAGCAAGCUUCAAUGGUGAAUGCAUCAGAGCAGCAACCUGCUCUAGGCCUUCUCUUGGUCCUUGGCGGGUGCCUUUGUUCGGGCUUUGCAGCAAUCUACCUGGAAAUGCUGGUGAAACAGAGGGGGAAGACAGCGAGAACUUCAAUGUGGGUUCAGAACAUGCAAUUAGCUUUCUAUUCGUUGCUCUUGACUUCCACAUCGACGGCUUAUUCCAUGAAGCCGGUUUCCAUUGGAAAUGCAGGGCUAUUUCGCGGCUUCUCCUUCAGCGUACCUCAGCCGGAGCCAGCGUGUUUCAGAAGAGAUUUGGAAUGCAUAUUGUAG